GGCUCGCCUUGACAGCAGGGAUGCAGGUGGAGCGACUCGGGCAGGACCGCUCACAUCUGUUUUGAAGGAGAAACGGGGGAAGAAAUUCUGCUCCUCUCUACGCUGUGGAUAAAAAAAAAAAACGUAUAAACUACUUCCAGGCUUUUCCCAAGGAUAUUAAAUCAUCUCCGUUUGUCUUUGGAGAAUAACGGGAUUAUUCUAAAAUACAAGUUCCCAGAUGCUGCUACAAUCAUGGGACCAACACCUACAUAAAUCUUUCUAAGGCUUUGGAGGAGUGAGACGUCAUGGGGAAAUUAUGAACAAGGUUUUAAGUGCAGCUGACACCUUUUAAAGCUGCUGCAACUUUAUAUAUAUUUCUGUUUUAGAACACCAAACGUGUGUCUCAACUCAAAGUUUGUGGAGGUUUCCCCAAAAUCUAAAUUUUAGUGACCAUUUAGUCCAAGGAACAGAACUAAAGGGUCUGCCAUUAUAAUUUCCCCCCUUCUACUCUCCUGCUACUUGUCAGUAUCAGAGACACCGACUGAUGGAGAGACAAAGGAAAGAGUCAGGAUAAGGACAAGCCAAAACAUUUUGGAAGUGAAGGAAGAAACUGCCGACUGGAUCAUUGGAGGAAAGUUCCUGCAAGCAUCUCUGUUUUAUAUUGCCUGUUUAGCAUUUAAAAAUCUUUUUACUUGCUUUUCUAAAGGGAAGUUGGGGCUUGGCUCUGUGGCUCAUCGGGCCAAGAAUAAAUUAAAAAAGAGAAAAAUAGCAAAUUUUAGUAUGACAAGGGUGUUAAGAUUCCUAUGCUGGCCCCUGUGGCCCUUGGCCUUUUUCACCAUGCUAGCUACGGUGGACAUGCUGGAAUUUGGUGGGGCAACAGGCCAGUAUGCACGUUAUGGGCGCUGGGAAGCUGGAUCGGUGGGUGAGCUGAGCUUCAGUCUGAAGACCAAUGUCAGCCAAGCCUUGGUGCUCUAUCUCGACGACGGUGGGAACUGUGACUUCUUGGAGCUUCUGAUUGCUGGUGGACGUCUCCAACUGCGUUUUGCCAUCCACUGCGCCGAGCCAGCCAUUCUACACAUGGAGACACUAGUGAAUGAUGACCGUUGGCACAUGGUUUUGCUCACCCGCAAUUUUCGUGAGACUUUGCUAAUGGUAGAUGGAGAGACAAAAGUGGCGCAAGUCAAAUCAAAGAGGAAGGAAAUGGCAGUGGUCAGUGAUCUCUUCGUGGGUGGGAUCCCUCUUGACGUGCGCCUCUCUGCUCUGACCUCCAGCACUGUGAAGUAUGAACCACCCUUCAUGGGCUUAAUCACCAAUCUGAAGGUGGGGGAGAUGCCACCUACACUGUUAAACAGCCAAGGCAUUGAGAGUGACCUGGAGUACCUCUGCACCAAACAAAACCCAUGUUUCAACGGAGGGUUCUGUUCAAUUCAGUAUGGAGAAGUUCAGUGUGACUGUACCCACACUCGCUUCAGGGGGAAGUACUGCAAGGAAGCUGAAGAGUAUGCUGUCGAAGGUCUGGCGCACCUGACGUUAAACGACCAAGGUGACUCAUCUCUAGUCGGUAAGGAAGAGUCUGUAGCCACCUUCAAGGGCAACGAGUUCUUCUGCUACGAUCUGUCCCUGACGCCCAUCCAGAGCAGCACGGAUGAAAUAACGCUUUCCUUUCGAACGCUCCAACGCAACGGGCUCAUGCUACACACUGGCAAGUCAGCAGAUUAUGUAAACCUUUCCCUGAAGAGCGGCGCGGUCUGGCUGGUCAUCAACCUGGGCUCUGGGGCCUUUGAGGCCCUGGUGGAGCCAGUCAAUGGCAAGUUCAACGACAACGCCUGGCAUGAUGUGCGCGUCACCCGCAACCUGCGACAGGUGACCAUUUCUGUUGAUGGCAUUUUGACCACCACUGGGUACACGCAAGAGGAUUACACCAUGUUGGGCUCCGAUGACUUCUUCUACAUUGGAGGAAGCCCCAACACAGCGGACCUGCCGGGAUCACCAGUCAGCAACAACUUCAUGGGAUGCCUUAAAGACGUGGUGUACAAGAACAAUGACUUUAAGCUGGAGCUCUCCCGACUCGCCAUCGACCGCGACCCUAAAAUCACACUGCAUGGUGAUUUGGUGUUCCGCUGCGAAGAUGUGGCGGCUCUUGAUCCUGUAACGUUUGAAGCCCCUGAAGCGUUCAUCUCUCUGCCAAAGUGGAACACCAAGAAGACGGGUUCCAUCUCCUUCGACUUCCGCACCACAGAGCCCAGCGGCCUGUUGCUAUUCAGCCAUGGGCGCCCUCAGGGGCCUAAGGAGCAGAAGCCUGGGAGGGAACUGAAGACUGAUUACUUUGCUAUGGAACUGCUGGAUGGAUAUUUAUACCUGCUGAUCGAUAUGGGCUCUGGAAAAACAAAGCUCAAGGCCAGCAACAAGAAGGUCAAUGACGGAGAAUGGUGCCACGUAGAUUUCCAAAGGGAAGGAAGGAAAGGGUCCAUCUCAGUCAACAGCCGAAGCCUGCCCUUUUUGUCGCCUGAAGGCAGUGAAAUCCUGGACCUGGACAGUGAUAUGUACCUCGGUGGACUGCCUGAGUCAAAGUCGGAUUUGAUCCUGCCGCCAGAGGUUUGGACGGCCCUCUUGAACUACGGCUAUGUGGGCUGCGUCCGUGAUUUAUUCAUCGAUGGCAAGAGUCGUGACGUACGGCGUCUGGCUGAGAUCCAGAGUGCUUUGGGCGUCAGCAGCUUCUGCACCCGAGAGCUGCAGAAGCGCUGCAGCAGUGCCCCCUGUAGCAAUGGUGGCCUGUGCAAGGAGGGCUGGAACCGUUACAUAUGUGACUGCACUGGGACUGGAUACCUAGGAACCAACUGUGAGAUAGAGGCAACAGUUCUGAGUUAUGACGGCAGCAUGUACCUGAAGAUCAUCGUGCCCGUCACCAUGCACACGGAGGCAGAGGAUGUGGCGCUGCGCUUCAUGUCACAGCGGGCGUACGGCCUGCUCAUGGCCACCACCUCUAAAGAGUCAGCGGACACCCUGCGACUGGAGCUGGACGGAGGCCGCGUCAAACUUACUGUCAACCUUGAUUGUAUCAGGAUAGACUGUAGCCUCAGCAAAGGACCCGAGACACUGUUCGCAGGGCAGAAACUGAAUGACAACGAGUGGCACACGGUGAAGGUGGUGCGACGAGGCAAGAGCCUGCAGCUGUCGGUGGAUAAUGUCACAGUUGAAGGCCAGAUGACCGGUGCCCACACACGCCUUGAGUUCCACAACAUCGAGACAGGCAUCAUGACAGAGCGCCGCUUUAUUUCCGUGGUGCCCUCAAACUUCAUUGGCCAUCUACAGGGCCUUACUUUCAAUAGUAUUCCAUAUCUGGACCAGUGUAAAAACGGAGACAUCUCCUACUGCGAGCUGAACGCCCGAUUCGGAAUGCGUCACAUCAUCGCAGAUCCUGUGACGUUUCGGACAAAAGGCAGCUACUUAGCUUUAGCCACCUUACAAGCCUAUGCCUCCAUGCACCUGUUCUUUCAGUUUAAAACCACCACGCCGGAUGGCCUCAUGCUCUUCAACUCUGGAGAUGGGAAUGACUUCAUAGUUGUGGAACUAGUGAAGGGGUACGUCCACUAUGUCUUUGAUCUCGGCAACGGCCCAUCACUAAUGAAGGGAAAUUCAGACAAGCCACUCAAUGACAAUCAAUGGCACAACGUGGUGGUGUCCCGGGAUGCCAACAAUGUACACACACUUAAGAUCGACUCACGCACCGUGACACAGCACUCCAAUGGUGCUCGCAACCUGGACCUCAAGGGAGAGCUGUACAUCGGUGGUGUGACGAAAAACAUGUACAGCAAUCUGCCCAAACUUAUUGCAUCCCGGGACGGGUACCAGGGCUGUCUGGCCUCUGUGGACCUGAAUGGGAGACUCCCUGACCUGAUCGCAGAUGCCCUCCACAAGGUGGGGCAGGUGGAACGAGGCUGCGAUGGACCGAGUACCACCUGUACGGAGGAGUCCUGCUACCAUCAGGGAGUCUGUCUCCAGCAGUGGGAGGGCUUCACCUGCGACUGCACCAUGACGUCCUAUGGAGGCUCAUUUUGCAAUGACCCUGGGACAACUUACAUCUUUGGACGAGGCGGAGCCCUCAUCACAUACACCUGGCCACCCAAUGACCGGCCGAGCACACGGGCAGACCGGCUGGCAGUGGGCUUCAGCACGCAGCUGAAGGAAGCCAUUCUGGUCAGGGUGGAGAGCGCCAAAGGACUGGGAGAUUACCUGGAGCUGCACAUAGAACGGGGAAAGGUCGGCGUGAUCUUCAACGUGGGAACGGACGACAUCACCAUUGAGGAGAGCGCGGUGAUGGUGAGCGACGGAAAGUACCAUGUGGUGCGAUUCACACGCAGUGGCGGCAACGCCACACUGCAGGUGGACAACCAGCCCGUCAUCGAGCGUUUCCCCUCAGGGACCUCUGAUAAUGAGCGCCUGGCUCUUGCUAGACAAAGAAUCCCAUACCGACUUGGUCGGGUAGUUGAUGAGUGGCUACUCGAAAAAGGUCGCCAGCUGACCAUCUUCAACAGCCAGGCGUUCAUUAAAGUCGGUGGUGGAGAGAAGGGGCGCCACUUCCAAGGCCAGAUGUCAGGCCUGUACUACAACGGCCUGCAGGUGUUCAAACUGGCAGCCGAGGGCGACCCCAGCGUCCAGACCCAGGGCAACCUGAGGCUGGUGGGCGACGUGCCCUCGGUGCUCACUACCGACACCACCUCCACCACCCCGCUGGCUGAUAUGUCCACCACCAUCAUGGAGACCACAACCACUAUGGCUACAACCACCACCCGCAAGGGGCGCUCGCCCACCAUGAGGGACAGUGUCACACAGAAUGCAGAUGACCUGUUGGUAGCCUCAGCAGAGUGUCCAAGUGAUGAUGAGGAUUUGGAGGAGUGCGAGCCUGGAAAUGGAGGUGAAUUAGUCUUGCCCAUUAUAACGGUGGACUCCCUAGACCCCCCCUCUAUUGCCACACGUUACCCAGUAAUUCCCUCGCCCCCCACUACCUACCGUCCUUUCCUCACCCUACUUGAAACCACCAAAGAGUCCGUCCCCGUGUCCAACGGCCGCCCCCCCUGCCCUUUGGACCAAGAGGAUUGCGAGGAGACCAUAGAGGUUUCGGGUUCGGGGGAGAUGACAGAGACAGAUGAUGAAGACUAUUACAAAAACUCCCCUCUGGUCACUGAUAGGACUGUCCUCCCCCCUCCCCCGGCAGUCGAUAGUGGGGUCCUUAACCCCCGAGACCGUCACUUCUCUCGCUACCCCCCCAUUUCCCAACACCCAUCGCUUUCCUCUACCCCCACUGCCAACCCCGACCAGCUCGGACCUCGUGUCAAACCGGCUGCUGGCGGCAGCAGCAGUAGUAGCAACAAUAUCCCUGCAGGCAAAAUGAACACCCGGGACCAGGUGCUGCUGCCGCCGGCCCACCCCUCCUCAGAUCCAGGCCACCGCAGAAUCCCGGGAAUAACAUACCCGCCAAAUUUCCCCCAUGUUCCCACUCCAGAUCCCACAUCUCCAGAGAGAGGCCUCCCCGGCGCCGUAGAGGUGCAGCAGUCCAGCAGCACCACAGGAAUGGUGGUAGGCAUUGUAGCCGCAGCGGCGCUCUGCAUUCUCAUCCUGCUCUACGCCAUGUACAAGUACCGCAACCGAGACGAGGGCUCCUACCAGGUGGACCAGAGUCGCAACUACAUCAGCAACUCGGCCACGCAGAGCAACGGCACCCUGGUGAAGGAAAAACAGCCCGCCACUGCCAAGACUGUCACCAAGAACAAGAAGAACAAAGACAAGGAGUACUAUGUGUGAGGAAGCACCACCGUCACACGCAAGGACAGACAGCGGGUGCAUGUAGAUAUGGAAAGAGACGGGAGAAAGACUGAGAGAGAGGGAGAGACAUCUAAAACACCAAUUGGGUGAGUCAACAAAAAAAAUCAGUAUUGUGAAUUCAAGUUAACGGCCAAACACAGCGGACAGCAUCGCACAGAAGCAUUCUUCUCAUUUUUUAGACCUUAGAAAUUAAAUUAAAGCAGAAUUAUCUACACCCAAAUUUGAAUUAUUCUAGAGAAGGUGCCAACAACAAACACAAAGGAAAUGCUGGAGAUUGUAGGAUUUUUUAGCAUUUUAAAAGGUAAUAAGUCUUCAGCACUUGUAACAAGCAUUACCAAAAGUAUUUGCUCAAUCUUUAUCUUUAGCCAUUUGAGAAAAUGGGUCUUGAACCGAAAAAGUAUAUGUGAACACUGAAAUAGAGCAUAAAUUAGCAACUAGCAAGCAUUUCCCCUAAUUUACCACCACCUUGCAGAAAUACUUCAGCAGUACCUCGCCUGGGCGUCAACAAGCAUCUCUGAUCUCAGUGGCGGAUCUCUCUCUCUCUAUCUCUGAUUGGCUAAUUCUCUCUUUGUCUCUGCUUGUCUACGUUGCCCUGCUGCUGAUGCAACGCGAACUCUGCCAUGUUUCAAGCAUGUAGUAUUCAUUUACGAAAAAGAGAUCAACAGUUUUUCUUUUUGUGGAGUUAAAAAAAAAAAAAAACGAAAAAAAAUAAUGACUGAUGAACAUACCGUUAAACGUAGCAACUGUGUGAGACACCAUCAAGCUCCAACAUACGGAUGCUAACGUGUACGUUUAGCCGCCAAAAACUCAAGGCCAAAGCCACUUGGUCCAUCUUCGUUCCAGCAGAUAUAUGUUGUGUGUUUUCGGGACGCCAAGGUGCCCCAAAGUGGGCCAGCAAAGAAACUGUCUUGUUCUUACAGUUACUAAUCACAGGAAAAAAACUCCAGCAAACCAGAUGAACUGUGUUCUAUAUAUAAUUAUAAAUAUAUGUAUAGACAAUGCAGAAACUUAUGGACCUAUAGCGUGAGCGGGUCUAUAAGAAAGUUUGCUGACAGAGCACAAGUAAGAUGGAAGGACUUUGGGAUUUUUUCCAACAACAACCCAUUCCCUAAUCUUAACAACCCCGUCCCUUUCACGAACACUAUAGCUGAUGAAAUGCCUCACCGCAAACUUCAGCUACUAUCCUUUUUUUUCAUCAUUUCAGAAUAAAUGAAAGACAUUUUAAGGUAAUUCCGAUUACUUUUUUUGCUGGAGUUCCAACGUGGAGAGGUCUAUUGCAGCAGAAAAUAUAACAAGACCGCUUUUUGCCCUUCUCCCGCCUGCCUGACUGGACUGAUGGCAGCCAAAAGGGCAAUACUAACUUUGUGGAAGGAGCGUCCACAAGAACGGCUAGUCCCUGGAAGACGUACAAAUGAACUUUAGUAUUCCAAUUUUCAACUCUAUUAAAAAAAGAUAAAUCAAUCGAACCAUGAAAAGAAAAUUCCUUAAACAAGUUCGUGAAAUGUCUAAAUAUUUGACUCUCAUUCCAUUACUGAGGCAGACAUGUGUUUUCCCUAUUAUCAUUCCUGUUUGGAGAAAAAAAAAGACAAUGGUUCUGGGAUACUGAAAUUUCUAUGUAUUUUCUUUUGGUAACUAAACAAAUGUGAUUUGGGUAAUAAUACAUCAUUUCCGAUUCCCUGGGGUAAAAUAAGAUCCUCUUUUUUUCCGUUUCUGUCAUCCUUUGUGUUUUCCUUCUUCCUUUGUUGUGUCCUGCAUCUAUUCCUUCUUCAACAAAUUGUCCAUCUGUCAAUCUUUUUUUUAUUUGGCAGGUUCCAUUGAUUUCCCCCCGUCAUGUUUGUCUGGAUUUUCUCCUCCUUCUCUAUUCCAAACAGGCUCCUCCCAGUAUCUACCUGUUCUUUCUAAAUGUUAUUGUAAAGUGUUCCAGUGAGAUGACUCUAAAUAUGUGUACAUUAACAGAGGGAAUACACUUGGUUAUAUACUUCUUA